GUCCCGUCCCCUCCUGCAUCGUUGAACCAACCGAGCUCCAAAGUAAACCCCGCGCCCAAAAUCCCCAAACCCUAACCGCUACACCACCCGACCCGGCGGAGCCGCAGCUCCCCGGCCGCCCGGCGGUAAUCGGCGCCGGCGAGGGAAGGUGCCGGGAAGGCGGCGGCGACCUGCGGGAUACCGGGACAGGCUGCACACGGCCGCUGAAGAGCGAGCGCGCGAGCUGCCGGGGAGCGGUGAAGCCCCCGCCACAGCCCCCAAAGAGACUCGCUACACACCAACACGGACAGUUGAUACAGCCAUGGAUAUCACUCAGAUUCUCCUAGCUGCGCAAUCUCCGGACGGUAACCUUCGGUCGGUAGCAGAAAGCAGCCUUAAGCUGUUUCAGGAGCAGAAUCUUCCCAGGUUCCUGCUGUCCUUAUCAGUGGAGCUCUCGAAUGACGGAAGGCCGCCAGAGUCUAGAAGACUUGCUGGCAUUAUCCUUAAGAAUACGUUGGAUGCUAAGGAUUGUUCAAGGAAGGAGCUACUUGGUCAGCAAUGGGUCAGCCUGGACCUGUCGAUCAAAUCGAGGAUCAAGGAAUCGUUGCUGCUAACGCUAGGUUCUUCGGUGCCUGAUGCAAGGCAGGCCUCAUCACAGGUUAUUGCAAAGGUUGCGUCCAUUGAGAUGCCCCGUCGUGAAUGGCCAGACCUCAUUGCCAAGUUAUUGGGAAACAUGACGCAACAGGGUGCAUCUGCGCCACUGAAGCAAGCAACUCUAGAGGCAUUGGGGUAUGUCUGUGAGGAGAUUUCUCCUGAGCACUUGGAGCAGGAUCAAGUCAAUGCUGUUCUGACUGCUGUGGUCCAGGGAAUGAACCAGGCAGAGCUAAGUGUUGAAGUGCGUCUUGCAGCAGUUAAAGCUCUAUAUAACGCUCUUUAUUUUGCUGAUAGCAACUUUGCAAAUGAUAUGGAGAGGAACUAUAUAAUGAAGGUAAUUUGUGAGACUGCUGUAUCUAAUGAAGUGGAGAUCAGACAGGCAGCUUUUGAAUGCCUUGUUGCAAUUGCAUCCAUAUAUUAUAUGCACUUGGAACCUUAUAUGCAAACUGUAUUUAACCUGACGUCUAACGCUGUCAAAGGAGAUGAAGAAUCAGUUGCACUUCAAGCUAUUGAGUUCUGGAGCACAGUUUGUGAUGAAGAGAUUCAACUCCAAGAAGAAUAUGAGGGAUAUGACAAUGCUGACUCUAGUGCAAAUUUUCGCUUUAUAGAAAAGGCACUCCCUUCACUUGUUCCAAUGCUGCUCGAAACUCUGUUGAAGCAAGAGGAAGAUCAAGAGCAAGAUGAUAAUGUCUGGAACAUUUCCAUGAGUAGCGGGACGUGCCUUGGACUAAUCGCUAAAGCUGUUGGUGAUGCGAUUGUCCCUCUUGUCAUGCCAUUUGUUGAGGCUAACAUCACAAAUCCAGAUUGGCAUUGUCGUGAGGCAGCUACUUUUGCAUUUGGUUCUAUCCUUGACGGUCCUUCUCUUCCGAAACUUGCUCCACUGGUACAUGCUGGACUUGAUUUCUUGCUCAAUGCAAUGAAAGAUCCCAACAGCCAGGUAAAAGACACCACUGCAUGGACUCUUGGGCGUGUGUUUGAAUUUUUGCAUUCUCCAACCAGUGUGAAUCCAAUUGUAACAAGUGGAAACCUUACGCGUAUCAUGACAGUGUUGCUCGAGAGUAGUAAGGAUGCUCCAAAUGUGGCUGAGAAAGUCUGUGGAGCUAUAUACUUUCUUGCCCAAGGUUAUGAAAAUACAGCAGAUUCAAUCUCUUCUGUGCUUACACCUUAUCUUCCUAGUGUCAUUACCACUCUCCUUUCUGCUCCAGACUGUGCUGACGCAACCCAUUUUAGGCUUCGUUCAUCUGCUUAUGAAGCAUUGAAUGAGAUUGUGAGAGUCAGCAACAUAGAUGAAACUUCAAGCAUUAUAGGCCAGUUAUUGCAGGAGGUCAUGAGAAGAUUGAACUUGACAUUUGAUCUCGAAAUAUUUUCACCAGGCGACAAGGAGAACCAGAGUGACCUGCAGGCUUUGCUGUGCGGUGUACUACAGGUUAUCGUCCCGAAACUGAGCAACUCAGAUGCGGAAUCCAUUAUCACCCAGAAUGCUGAUCGGUUGAUGUUUCUGUUUCUCCGUGUCUUUGCUUGCCACGGUUCUACUGUACAUGAAGAAGCAAUGCUUGCUAUUGGUGUUCUUGCGGAUGCUAUCGGUCCAGAUUUUGUAAAAUACAUGCCGGAGUUUUUCAAGUACCUUGAAGCAGGCUUGCAGAAUCAUGAAGAAUACCAAGUAUGCUCCAUUUCUGUUGGAGUGGUGGGUGACAUUUGCCGUACACUAGAAGAUAAAGUGUUGCCAUUCUGUGAUGGAAUUAUGACUGUUCUCCUCAAGGAUCUUUCAAAUCCAAUGCUCAACCGGUCUGUCAAACCUCCCAUUUUCUCAUGCUUUGGAGACAUUGCUCUUGCUAUCGGCGAGAAUUUUGAGAAAUACCUGCCAUAUGCCAUGCCAAUGCUUCAAGGAGCUGCUGAGCUUCUUGUUGUUUUAGAUCAAAGUGACGAUGAUAUGGUUCACUAUGGUAAUCAGCUCAGACGGGGAAUAUUUGAGGCUUACUCUGGCAUAUUACAGGGUAUAAAAGGUCCAAAAGCUCAGCUGAUGGUACCUUAUGCAACCCACCUAUUGCAGUUCACUGAAGCUGUCUACAAGGAUGGGAGCAGGGAUGAGAGUGUGACAAAGGCUGCAGUUGCAGUCCUUGGUGAUCUCGCGGAUACACUUGGCCCAAUAUCAAAAGAUCUGUUCAGGAACCACCUCUUCCAUGUUGAAUUCUUUAGGGAGUGCCUUGAUUCGGACGAAGAAGUCAGGGAGGCUGCAUCGUGGGCGCAGGGAAUGAUAAACCAAGCAGUGGUUGCUUAAUACGCGAAAUCAUUUUCUGUUGUUGGUUGUGGUGGAGGUUUCUUCUUGUGCAUCUGUAAAGUCCAUAUGCCACGGAUGAAUGGAAGAAUUCCAAUGUAUAUGUAGUGUCAGUAGUAGGGGAUCCUUCAGUGAUCGAUGUGUUUGACUUGAACUGCUAAAUUUACUAAUGUGUUUGACUUGUUGCUUAUCCAUGCUAUGAUGUCUAUGUUACUA